AUGAAUAUUUUAAAAAGUUUGAUUGUUUUUUUAUUUUUUAUUGUUAUUGUUAUAAAAUCACAACCUCUAAUUUUAUUUGAAAAAUAUCAUCUUUCCAGUGGUUGUUCAAAUAGUCCUUCCAACUGCAACGGUCAAGUAACUUAUGGAACAAUAUUAAAGCAAUCCCAAUGUUUGAACUAUUUAGGUGUCCCAUCUAUUUUUUCGACUUAUGAUCCCCUUGCAACAAUAGUUCAAAAUAAAUAUUUGGUUCCUAAUUGCCAAGGUACUUAUUCACAAACUAAAUAUUUCGAGGGACGUUGUAAUGGAACCUGUCAAGGUGGAAACAAUUACCCAUUUAAAGGAAGUUUAAUUAAUGAUAUCGAUAUCCCAUCCAAUACAUGGGUUUCAGUAUCAUAUUCAUCGCCACAAUGCAAUGGUGAUUUUAAAGAUUCAUUCUUCAAGAUCGAGUAUAGCCCAAUGGAUUUCUGUGAAGCUAUCGGUUCAUAUUCAUUCAAAUCCACCUGUAAUUCCUCAGCAGUAACAUAUAAUACCUAUAGUGGAUCAUCUUGUUCAUUUGCCCCAAUCUCCACCAUAAUAAUCCCAAUGGCCAAUGAUUGUGGUGAUAGUAAUAACAAUUACAAUAAUUAUUAUCAAUUUUGUAACAAUUAA